UCAUGGGCUAGGGAACAGUGAGCAGCCAGUGAAGCAUCCAGCCUGCCGAACAAGCUUGCUUUUAGGGUCAGGAACUGGUCUGACAAGAGAAUGGCAAUCCUGCCUUUAAACUGUCAUUAGGACUGUACGGCUGACGAUGAAUCCAGCAGAGCUGCGGGCCCAAAGGCGAAACACUCAGCAAGAGAAUGUGAAGACAUAUUUCAGGACAUUGUGAGUGCUACUAAAGAUGUCUGAUAGUGUCGAUAUUGAAGAGAAACCACCAGCCCCCCCCUUGAGAAUGAACAGUAGUUCCCGAGACUCUUCAUCGCUGAAUCACGCCUCUAAACCGCUUCCAAUGGCUCCUGAAGAGAAAAACAAGAAAGUCCGCCUGCGCUCCAUUUUCCCCGGGGGAGACAAGACAAACAAGAAGAAGGAGAAGGAACGUCCUGAGAUAUCCCUACCCUCAGACUUUGAACACACCAUUCAUGUUGGCUUUGAUGCUGUAACAGGAGAAUUCACAGGUAUCCCGGAGCAAUGGGCACGGCUCCUACAGACCUCGAACAUCACCAAGCUGGAGCAGAAAAAGAACCCGCAGGCCGUGUUGGACGUCUUAAAGUUCUACGACUCCAAAGAGACCGUCAACAACCAGAAAUACAUGAGCUUCACCUCGGGAGACAAGUCGGCACAUGGGUACAUAGCAGCAAACACUCUGAACCGACUGCUGUCAUCUGGGCCUCCUGUCAGCCUUAGAACCUGCAGCGCAUUAUUUGACAAGGGCGCCAAAACAUCAUCGUCAGAGCCGCCAAUCGCUCCACCUGUGUCAGAAGAGGAGGAUGAGGAAGAGGAAGAAGAGGAGGAGGAGGAGGAAGAAGAGGACGACGAUGAUGAACUGCCCCCGGUCAUCGCUCCCCGGCCCGAGCACACCAAAUCUAUCUACACGCGCUCUGUCAUGGACCCACCAAAGCCUCCCACCCCUGUGAAAGAAGUGGUGACUCCACCGGAGUCGCAAGUCCAGCCGGAGAACACGUCCAAUACGAUGUAUCGCCACACUGACCGCCAGAGGAAGAAGUCCAAAAUGACAGAUGAGGAGAUUCUGGAGAGACUCAGGAGUAUUGUGAGCGUGGGGGAUCCCAAAAAGAAGUACACGCGCUUCGAGAAAAUAGGACAAGGAGCGUCUGGCACUGUGUACACUGCCAUCGACAUAGCAACUGGCCAAGAGGUGGCCAUCAAGCAGAUGAACCUGCAGCAGCAGCCCAAGAAGGAGUUGAUCAUCAAUGAGAUCUUGGUGAUGAGGGAAAACAAAAACUCCAAUAUAGUGAACUACCUGGACAGUUACUUGGUAGGAGAUGAGCUGUGGGUGGUGAUGGAGUAUUUGGCCGGUGGCUCGUUGACAGAUGUAGUGACUGAGACCUGCAUGGACGAGGGCCAGAUUGCUGCAGUCUGCAGAGAGUGUCUUCAAGCCCUGGAUUUCCUACAUUCUAACCAGGUGAUCCAUAGAGACAUAAAAAGUGACAACAUCCUCUUGGGUAUGGACGGAUCUGUCAAGCUCACCGACUUUGGCUUCUGUGCCCAGAUCACUCCAGAGCAGAACAAGCGCAGCACGAUGGUGGGAACGCCCUACUGGAUGGCACCAGAGGUGGUGACUCGAAAGGCUUACGGCCCCAAAGUGGAUAUCUGGUCUCUGGGGAUCAUGGCGAUAGAGAUGGUGGAGGGAGAGCCGCCCUACCUGAAUGAGAAUCCACUCAGGGCUUUGUACCUGAUAGCUACCAAUGGGACACCAGAGCUGCAGAACCCAGAGAGACUGUCGUCUGUGUUCAGAGACUUCCUUAACCGCUGUCUGGAGAUGGAUGUGGACCGCAGAGGCUCUGCCAAGGAGCUGCUCCAGCAUUCCUUCCUCAAGCUGGCGAAGCCUCUAUCCAGCCUGACGCCUCUGAUUGUAGCUGCGAAGGAAGCCAUAAAGAACAGCAGUCGCUAGGGUGUGCCCUCUGUCCCCACCCGAGGCUGGAGCCCUGCCUGUGAUGUGUGCGUUCAUGGGGGCAGGGGCUUGGGUGUAUGGGUGGUGGGUGACGUGACAGUGACAGCACAAGGAAGGGGGGAUUUGUGUGACUUACCGUGACAGCACAAGGACAAAAGACCCCCAGGCCUCAUAUGUAGGACGGACAUCUGGCCUCGCAGCCUCUCGGCCCAUGCUGCUGAAAAGACCUUGCCUCCUCGUUUACUUCUCCAGCACUCUGUACAUGUAGAGCAGUCCAUCACAAGUAUGUGUGAGUGUGCGUGGGUGUGUGUGUGCGUGCGUGCGUGUGUACCAACAGUGCACAUCUCUUUGUGUCAUAUGUCUUGUUCGGCAGCAGUCGCUCCCCAAAACAAGAAAAUACGGUGAAAAAAUCGAAAAGAAGGUGUGCUCACUUUCAAGAAGAAACAUCAGGAGCGAGGAGCCCGUGAUUCCUUCCCUGCCCGGCUUUAGGCUUGGUUCUCUUUCCUCUAGUCCCUCCAUGGAGCACAAUCAGGCCGCGCUUGCACCUGCAGUGACCAGCUGAUGUGAAAGAGUAACUCUGGGAGUCUGGACACAACCUUUGCCUGCAUGACUACGGCUCUGUGGAGAAACACUGCUAUUCCUCUGCAGAUUGUCACAUCUCAAGGUGGCAUAUUUAUGUAUAUAUGUGUGCGUGUGUGCGUGCGUGCGUGCGUGCGUGUGUGUGUGUGUGAAUGAGUGUAGGGGUGCGGCUACAGGGGAAUAAGUCAGGAAUAAUUUCACAUGACCUAAGCCAGCUUUAAACAUCCUUCAUCACGAGAUACGGGUCCCGUAUUUCAUUUGAGCCAACUUCUUUCAGGCGGGCUCUGUCACAGAGUCACUGGAGUUCAGGCUAGCUGCAGUUAAUUUGCGCAUUUUCCCCCUAAAGCUUCCUACGUAUUAUCAGACCUAAUGUUCUGAAUAUGUAAAAAUAUUGAGACACUGUUGGGGCUCAGUUUGUGGACUUAAAACAUUGAAUUUAAAAUGUGUGACUCGAUAUAAUCUAUACAUACUGAAUCUAAUUUUUGUGAUCUAGUUUGAGACACUUGAUUGCAUUGACAUGUAGACAGUGUGUCACGCAUUUAAAUCCAUUUAAAUAGUACUGAAGACUCUCCAUACUCCAUGUGGAGGGAGUAAUCAGAAUGACUAAAAUAUUGUCACAACCAAUGCAAGCAAUUUAUCUGCAGAUUCAACAGAUAAUUCUGCAUGCAAACAUGAACCGUAGCAUCCAUUGUGUACAAACAUCUCAAACAGGAUUAUCCACAGAUAUUCAGUAUGUGUUGCUCUCUGUACCAGGCUUUGGGUAGACAAUGCAACAUCUAUCUUAAAGGUCCAGCAUGUAGGAUUUAGGGCCAUCUAUUGGCAGAAAAAGGUAUAAAAUAUUUAUGUCAUCAUUGUUUAUAAUCACCUGAAAUGAAGAAUUGUUGUUUUUGUUACCUUAGAAUGAGCUGUUUAUAUCUAUAUACGGAGCGGGCCCUCUUCCACAGAGUCUGCCAUGUUGCUCUACAGUAGCCCAGAACAGACAAACCAAACACUGGCUCUAAAUAGGGCCAUUUGUGCUUUUGCGUUUCGUGCCCACCACUUUAGUUCUCCUACAUGCUUGGCACACAGAAGAAGGUGAAGCUCUGCAACCUUACCGCUAAAUGCCACUAAAUCCUACACACUGGACCUUUAUCUGACAAUUAGGUACGACGUAGAAAGAAAAUACAUCAGGGACUCAACAGAAAUACAAAUGUUUUCUCUUGUAAUUGUAUAUUUAGUGAGGGAUUGUCCUUUUUAAGGUGCUGGCACACAGUGAACCAACAUUUCAGCCUUUCAAAUAAGCUUUUUUUCUGCAACAGUGGCAAACAGAAGGUUGUAUAAUCAUUUACCUACAGUGAGUUGAAGGUCUAGUGCCACACAUUCUCACAGUUUCCUAUAGUGCCCCACACAUCCCUGUGACCUUAAAUCUAAAGAAGAAAAGAUGACUGACAAAAUUUAUAAAUUAUUUAAUCAGUUUUUGUGGUCAAGAGACUGAACUUUUAAACAUGAAUAGAGAUGUAAAAUUUGGCUAAAAGGAAAAUGAGGCCUCUUUUCUUUUAGAAAUCAUCAUUAAGACUUAUAUUUCAGAACACAUAAGACUGUGACUUGAUGUUUGGAGUUAAUGCCAACAGAAACCUGGCCUACCUGCUCAGGUGAGGCAUCCAUGUCUAACGAGGCACCAGCUGUCCUCCUCGUCCACCUGCUCCCUCCCUCCCUGUCUUCUCCUUUAUAAGCUGCUGCUCAUUCAUGCUUCAGUGUCCUUUUGUCUUUUAAUGGCGUCUUAUGUGUCUUCUUUCAUAUGAUCUGUACGUUUUUGUGCUGAGUUUUUUGGAACGCGUGGCAGAUCAGAGAGGGGGAAUGUGAUCCACUGAGCGAUGGAGUGGAGUGGGUGCCGUUUUUAUGAUUGUACCUUGUCCUAAUGAGCACUGAAAACCGUAGUAGAGGUUUCUCUCAUAUUGUUUGCUAACAUUCCUUCCAUUCCUGGUUAGCGUUUAAACUCAUUCCUGUACAGAAGUUAUCUACUCUGUGUCGGUGUUUGGUAGCUUCGUCAGGCAUUUCCCACGUAGCAUCCCUCUGUGUGUGAGCGUGUGUGUUUGUGCGUGUUAGGGGGCUACCUCAAUCUGCACUAGAAGAUGCCUCACUCGUGUUGUCCACCUUGACUCUGAGGUGCAGGGUAGCUGCUUCAUAUUGUACCUCCAUUGUACAGCAACUGUACAGACGAUGAAGGAGUGAUGUUAGACAGGAGGAUGCAACAGAACUCAUGCAUGUAAAACAAAACUAUACACUGUAUCUCAUCUUCAAAUAGGUUAAGAUUGUUAGGAUAUGUAUGUAUGUAUGUAAAUAUGACGAGAAAACCCCCCUUUUUUCAGAAUUAUGUAACUUAAAAUGACAAUAUUCAGGUUGCUCUAUGGUAUGUAUCAAUAAAUGUUUUGCACCCUGGAAAUCAAAAAAAAAAGAUGACAAAAACGAACACACACGCUGUCUCUGCACUCCUGGAUCCGGCUCUCCUGUUUGGGCUUUAUCGGACACUCCUUCAUCCGGACAGAGAGCCGAUGAAUGCAGCGCUCUGUGUGCGGGCCCACACAGUCUGUCCUGAGUACCACUGCUGAGUGUUAGUACAUGUAUGUGUGCGUGCGGUAGGUGUGGGUGGCCUGACAGGAAGCUUCGCCGGCCCUGGGACGUUUGGCCUCUGCCCCCAUGUACAGGUCUGAACUAUGAGCACAAAAGGUGAAUUUCGGGACAAGAGACGCCGCCGACGUGCCCCUUUCCUGUGGUUGCUCCUGUACAUUCCUAUCUUCUGAAUGUGUAAACCUGUACACGUGGUGUGAAAAUUCCUCUAUUAAUGUGUAUCAAGAGAAUGGAACAAAGACAAAAAAUGUUACUUUUUAAAUUAUUAUUAUCAUUAUUAUUAUUAUUAUUAUUAUUAUUAUUACUCUUAUUAUUGUCUAGCUUUGUAAAACUGCUGAUCCAUCUGGCAUACCUCAGCAGGCCUUUCCCCAUCUUUGAAAAAGGACAAACGAGUGACGGGGAAAUGAGGUUUUGGAUAAACUAUUUUUAAUUGUGGUUGAAGCAAUAGACUUUUUGAACUUUGAAUUGUGCAUGGCUGUGUCUUGAGUGUAAAAAAAAAACAAACAAAAUAUUGCAGUUUGGGAACUGGACUGAAAUAAAAAGAGGAAGAAAACCA